AAGACCAAUGACACAAAGCAAAGCAUUGGCAAUUGCCAUAGAUAGGCAUAGAAAAUUCCAUACAUUUGGUCUCACAAAACUCUCGCCAGAUACCCCCCACUCUCCCCUCUCUUUUUUUUAAUUCGGUUUUGGGUCUAGACCCCAGCUUUAAGAUCAGUUUUGCACUUCUGAACCAGGCUUGUUUCUUGUUUGUACUUCAAUGUUGUCAUCGACAGGCGGGGAGGAGAACAAUUACAACAAAGCAACGAUAAGCCUAAAGAGAGUGUCCUCAACGUCCUCAAAAUCAUCAUCAACAUCUUCAUCUCCUUCACUAUUCUCUCCUCCUUCCCAUCUUCACAACCAAACCCAUAGACCCAAAACUAUGGAGGAGGUUUGGAAAGACAUUAAUCUUGCUUCUCUAAAUGAUCACCCUUCCAGGGAAGGCCUGUCUGUAAACCCAAGACUCACAACUCCUCCAAACCCGAAUUUCAUCCUCCAGGAUUUUCUUGCCAGGCCGUUUUGCAAAGACCCACCAACGAACAGGGUCUGCACAAACGGGGAGGCCGGGCCCUGUGGUUCCCCAGUGCGGCCUCCUGCCACUGUUUUGAGUCUGAAUUCGGGUCCCGGCUUUGAUUUUUUUGAUAACUCGGAUCCUCUCAGGUCUACGUCGCGUCUGCAAAGCAGCCCCAUCUCGAAUUUGUCCACUUUCCAUUGUCCAUUCGAGGCUCUAGCUUCAUCUUCUAGCUUGGCUUCUUUUGGUAAGAAAAGGGUCAAGGAAUCUGAUAGCGGUUCUGGUGAUCGACGGCACAAGCGUAUGAUCAAGAACCGAGAGUCAGCAGCUCGAUCAAGAGCUAGAAAACAGGCUUACACAAAUGAGUUGGAGCUCGAAGUUGCACAUCUUAUGGAAGAGAAUGCAAGGCUCAAGAGACAGCAAGAACAGUUACGCGUAGCAGCAGCUGCUCAACUUUCCAAAAAGCGCACGCUUCAGCGGACGUCAACAGCUCCAUUUUGAGGAAUAUCUCUGCCUGCCUUCUAACAAAUUAAUCUCUCCUUCUUUCCUCUUUCUCUCUCUCUCUCUCUCUCUCUCUCUCUCUAAGAGCAGGGUUUCUUUAAGCUAGAAAAGGAAUGAAUUUGUAUAGGUUUUGUGGAGCUAUUUUCUUUAUUUUUUUCACUUCUGGGGUGAGCAAGGUUUGUACCUCAGGCAAGACAGUUGAUUUUGGGGAAGAAAAACAUGAGCUGUGGGGAAGAGGGGGGGAAGGGAAAAGGAAGGGCAUGUUUACAUUUCCUGAUAUGCAGGAACUUUGUUGUGGUGGGUCUUUGUUUGCUUCCUCUGUUGGCUUGUACCAUUCCUUGGACUACUGACUUUUUUGUUUCCUGUCCUUCAAACCCCAUUCUUUGCUUUCUUUCUGUUUCUUCCCGUCUCAUGCAAAAAAUUGGUGCUCUGGUUGCAGCUGUGUGGAGAGAUCUAACUAAAUUUUAAUGGCAAACAAAAAUUGAACAGUAAAAAGAAGAAAGCACACAAAAAGGGAUAUGACAUGUCGGCCAUGGAAUUUGUGACUACACCUCCUAUCCUGUUCCUUAUGGGGGACCUCCAUCAUCCCUCGUUUUAUCCCUGUGCUAUCGGUAAUCGAUGCCCCCCAUCUUGUCUGACAUCGAUUGGCGUUUUGGCCCUUU